AGUGGCCAUUUUGAUAAUUUUCUGUCGUUUGACAGAUUCAGUCUUCAAUGGCCUCAAGAUUAUUUUAACUUUAUUAAUCUUCCACAAAGUUUUUGUGAGGCCAAAUUCGCGUUAAUGAAGUAAAGUCCAACGAUAAGAUGGCUCGAUACGGUCAAAGGCCGGAAAAUGCCCUCAAACGGGCCAAUGAGUUUAUGGAUCUGGACAAGCCCGCUCGGGCUCUGGAUACCCUACAGGAAGUUUUUCGCAACAAGAAAUGGGCCUACAACUGGUCUGAAUCAGUUCUUGAGCCCAUCAUGUUUAAGUAUUUGGAACUUUGCGUCGACCUUCGCAAGUCGCAUAUUGCCAAAGAAGGUCUAUUCCAGUAUAGAAACAUGUUCCAAUCGGUGAAUGUGGGAUCACUGGAGCUGGUUAUAAGAGGUUAUUUACGAAUGGCUGAAGAACGUACAGAAGCAGCACGGCAGCAGUCAACUCAAGCUGUCAUUGACACUGACGAUUUAGAUAACUUAGCUACUCCUGAGAGUAUCCUCCUCAGUGCUGUGUCAGGAGAAGACGCCCAAGAUCGUUCAGACAGGACCAUACUUACACCAUGGGUUAAGUUCCUGUGGGAAUCAUACUGUCAAUGCCUGGAACUGCUACGUACCAAUGCUCACGUAGAGACUCUGUACCAUGACAUUGCUCGCAUGGCAUUCCAGUUUUGUCUCAAGUACUCCCGCAAAACUGAAUUCAGGAAGCUGUGUGACAAAUUGAGGAAACAUUUGGAGGAUAUUUGCAAACCUACUGUGCAAACUGGAAAUGUCAGCAUAUCUAAACCAGAGACACAACAACUAAAUUUGGAAACCAGAUUGUUCCAGUUAGACAGUGCUAUACAAAUGGAAUUGUGGCAGGAGGCCUACAAAGCUAUAGAAGAUAUUCACAAUCUUAUGAACAUGUCCAAGAAGACUCCAGUGGCCAAGACCAUGGCUAACUACUAUGGCAAGCUGGCAUUAGUAUUCUGGAAGGCUGGACACUGUCUGUUCCAUGCAGCUGCACUACUCAAGCUAUUUCAGCUGUCCAGAGAAAUGAAGAAGAAUAUCACACAAGAAGAGCUACAGAAAAUGGCAUGUCGCGUCCUAGUGGCGGUGUUGUCGGUACCAUUGCCAUCGCUCCACCCUGAGUUCGACCGUUUCGUGGAAACCGACAAGAGUCCUGUUGAGAAAGCGCAGCGACUAGCCGUGUUGCUUGGAUUGGCACAGCCGCCAACUCGUACUAGUUUACUCAAAGAUGUGAUUCGCCUGAAUGUGGUGGCGCUGGCGUCCCCUCAGUUACAACAGCUGUACUCCUGGUUGGAGGUUGAAUUUGACCCGUUGACUAUCUGUCACAAUGUUAAGGGUGUUAUCAAAGCACUGCAAGAUGAACCUAACUCACCCCUGGCUCAGUACACUGUGGCUCUGAAUGACGUGGCCCUUGUCCGGUUGAUCCGUCAAGUGGCUCAGUGCUACGCGUGCGUGCAGUUCUCUCGGCUGCUGGAGUUGGCCGGCACCGAGGAUCUGUUCCAUUUGGAGCGUCUACUCGUCGAUUGCGUGCGUCACAAUGACAUGCAGAUACGCAUCGACCAUGCUAACAAGUGCGUACACUUCGGCGUGGAGGCUGGCGGUGGCGAGUGGUGCUCCGCUGCCGAUGAAGCCUGCGGGGGCGCUAUACUGCAAGCUACUCCGGCCGAGCAGGUUCGCGAGCAGCUAGUGCUGGCGGCGACGGUGCUGGCCGGAGCGGCCGGGAAGCUGUUCCCGGCUCGUCGUCGAGCGGACGCCGAACGAGCCCGGCUCCACAUGCUGCAGCACUACCACGAGAACAAGCACGCCGAGCACCACCGCGUGCUGCAGCGACACAAGAUCAUAGAGGAGCGGAAGGAGUACAUAGAGCGGCUCAACACCGUCCGCGAGGAGGAGGAGCUCAGGCGGCAGGAGGAGCAACUGCGAGCGGCAGCAGCGGCUGAGGCCCGGAGGUUGGAGGCGGAGCGAGAGGAACGGGAGAAGCGCAAGUACGCCUCCGAGAUAGCAGCCAUGAAGGAGCGUCACCGACGAGAGCGCAUGGCCCACAUCUCACAGACCGCGCACGGCAAGAAGAUGCUGCAAAAACUCGACGAGGAGGAAAUAAAAAAAAUGGACGCAGAAGCUAUAGCCCAACGUGAGGCGGAGGAAUUGAUGAAGGAACGCCGCGAGAUGCAGGCGAAAUUGAAGUCACAGGAGAAGAAGGUGGACUAUUUUGAGCGCGCCAAACGUCUGGAAGAGAUUCCAUUACUGCAGAAGAGUUUGGAAGAAAAGCAAGUGCAAGACAAGGCGUUCUGGGAACAACAGGAGGCUGAACGUAUUGAACAACUUAUUGAGGGCCGCGCGCGCGACGUGGCGACGUCGACGCGGCUGUCGCGCAUGCACGCGCAGCGCGACGCGUUCGUGGCGCGCGUGCGGGCGGAGCGCGGCGCGGCGCACCACCAGCGCCUGGCCGCGUUCCGCGACAUGCUGGCGGCCGAGCGCGACAAGCGCCGCGCGCACCGCCGCACGCAGCGCAUCGAGCGCCGCCGACAGGAGUGGUUGGCGGAGAAGCGUCGCGCGGAGGAGCGCGCGGCGGAGGAGGCCAAGCGGCUGCGCGACGAGGAGGAGCGCCGCGAGCGAGAGGAGCGCGACAAGCUGCACCAGCAGGAGCUCGCCGCGCUGCGGGAGCGCAAGGAGCGCGAGGAGAAGGAACAUCAGGAGAUGUUGGCGCGAACAGAAGCGAAGAUGCGCGCAAAAGAAGCAGAAGUGCAGCGGCGACUUGAAGAACAAAAGUCAGCGACGACGACGACCGGCAGCAGCUGGCGGCGUGGCGGUGAACGUGAAGCCCCCCGUGACCGUGACCGUGACCGUGACCGGGAAGCGCCACGUGACCGAGAAGCUCCGCGUGACCGCGACGACGCCUGGCGCAGCAAAGACACCAAGGAGCCAGAGAAGAAACCAGAGCCGUGGCGACCUAGUCGCGGUCGCACGGAGGUGUCGCGCGACGAGCGCCGCUCGCCCGACCGCCGCGCGCGCGACGACCGACGCGAUGAACGUCCUCCUAGAGAUGAACGUGGUCCGAGAGACGAUCGAGGUCCAAGAGAUGACCGUGGUCCAAGAGAUGACCGUGGCCCAAGAGAUGACCGUGGCCCAAGGGAUGACCGUGGCCCAAGAGAUGACCGUGGUCCAAGAGAUGAUCGUGGCCCAAGAGACGAUCGCGGCCCAAGGGAUGAUCGUGGCCCUAGAGAUGAUCGCGGUCCUAGAGAGGAAGGAGCUUGGCGCUCCGCUGCUACACGUGAACCUGAUCGCGACAGAGAUAGGCCACGUUACGGUGGUCGUUCAAGUGGACCAGAGAGUGGUGGUAGCUGGCGACGAGCGACUGCAGACCCACCAUCCGCACCAAAUGAGCGUUCAGCAACUUGGCGGUCAAAAGACGCGCCGCGUGACGACCGCUACAGGGACGCGCCCCGUGACCGUGACCGUGACCGUGACCGUGGCGACCGUGAACGUGACUUCCGUGACCGUGACCGCGAACGUUUCCCUCCCAGAAGAGACGAUAGGGACCGGGAACCACCAAGGAGGGAUGAUCGGGACGGACCACGCCGCGACGAUCGCGAGAGACGUCCCCCGCCCCCGCGACGAGACGACAAACGUAAGUUUUUAUAAUAGAAAUUAAACUUCUUGAUAAUAAAGUUAUAUUCUUCUUAUGGCAACUUAUAGGUACAUGAAUGGCAUCACGGAGUUUUAUCACCAACACUCAUAAUCUGUAUCUGAAGAAUGCAGACUAGGGCCCUCACUGGACACUGCAAAUUGAAUGAACAAAUUGCAAACUUAGGCCCAUGGACAACAAAAAUCUACAUAUUUUGCAAAUCUGAAAAGGAAACGUCACUACACAUCCUACGUGGUUGUAGCCCACUCAUGCACAAAUAAAAUAUCUCCUCUGGAAAGUGUACGAUCGUAUCUUGUGGAGAUAAAAACUAUUGCUCCUAAGAAUAUCCUUCAAUUCUUGUCCCUGACGGAUCUAGGUAGCGAGCUCUGAAAAAGGUCGACCACAAUUGAUCUAUGUAGAUCGCAGUGCAACCCCGUAAUUUCAAAGCUGUAUCUCGCCAUUCAACUAAAACACAGCUUACAAAAGAAGCUUCUGGAUUGUAGUAAUAUAUAUACAUACAUGUGUGACAGCGGGACCAACUCAGAUGGUUUUGCACAAAACAUACCUCAGUAUUUCUUUAAGUAAUGUUUCCUUCUCUUGUCCACAGCUCGUGAUGCGGAAGACGAUGAGUGGCAACCAGUCACAAGGCGUUAAAUCUUCGCCAAUAUAUUCACUUAUUUUUUUGAGUUCAGUAGUUAUUCCGUUACAACUUAAGUUCAUGCUUGACGCAUAUUUUAAACCCUUAUGUCUUCUUACCUAACUCUCUCGAUUCACUUUGCCGUGUCUAAUUUUAAUGGAAUUCAGUAAUGUAUAUCUUUAGAAGAUUUAUAUUUAUUUUUUCUUUUGCACACAAAAUUGCGUGGCGGACUUGAUGCCUGAUGGCAUUCUCUACCAGCCAACCGUCGAUCAGAAAUAAUAAGGCGGUGAAAUUUUAUAUAUAUUAUUUCAUGUUCUAACAUUUUAGGUAUUGAAACUUCAAGAAAAGAGUUUAAUCGUUCCUUAGAAGGCCGGUAUAUCACCACUCUGGCGUUGCAGGUGUUCAUAGGAGAUAAGUUAACAUCUGCAAUGACGUAGGCCAAUUUGCACCUUAUGGUAUAAAAUAUGAAAUAUAUCUUUUCCCAUUUUUCAUAAUUAAUUAUGGGUUUAAAGGGUACACCGAAUGCCAGUGUUUAUGAAAUUUUAGAAAUUACACUCAGUAGUAAAAUUGAAGAAGUUAUCAUAUUCAGGAUUGUAUAUUUAAAUUAUCCCAUUAAACCAUAACAUUUCAUCCAUAUCGGCCCAGUCCUCAGUUACGUGACAAUCGCAUACAUAAUUAGUAUAUAUAUUAAGUUAUAUGACUAUACAAUCGUAUAGUUCUCACAGAAAUUAUUAUAAUUAUGAUAUAAAUGGUCAUAGUGAAAUUAAAUAUAAAUUAUACAUUUCAUACACACAACUGCUGAACCAAAAAAUUUAUCUAAGUAUCUUUUAAGUACUUUUGCAAAUAUAUAUACGCAUUUAACAAUACUUUUCUUUUACUGUCCGUAAUCGUAUCCUUUUAUAAUGUACUCGUUUUGAAUCAAAGGUAACCAAUGUAAACUGUAUUAGGCAUUGCAUCAUCACUACUAUAAUACUAGUUAAGGGUUAUACAUAAAUUGCGCUGUACGGUAAUAUGGAAGGGGUUCGACAAAGUAUGACAGUCACAAAGCAGGAGGAAGAGUCGUCACAAAGUUCGUGUAAAAAAACAUGAAAUCUAAUAUCCCUCUCUCUCUUACGAGGUGUUUUUACAUUUUGUGACCAGAUUUAAAAAAUGGGGGUGGGAGUAAACUUUAUUAUAACUUUGGUAAGAAUAUAAUAAACAUAUAUGGAUGUAACAAAGUAUGUGUAUGUAUAUCGGACGGUAUAUAUGUUUACAAAGUAAUCAUUUUUUUUUAAUACCUAACUAAAAUGAAAUAUGUCUCAUAAAAUAUACAGUAUGACUUUCAUUGCAGUUCAGAAAAAAUGUUGGCAUUAAAAGGUCACCUAUUAAAGCGUAAAGAUAUGCAGGAAUUCUGUAUAAAUAUA